UAUCGAUAUUCUCACAUGCACAAGUUGCCAUGACGACAACAAAUAAUAAACAAAUUAUAAAUUGGAUAAUUUGAGGUGAUUUAAUAAUAUUAUAAAAAACUACAAUUAUUCAAGUCUUUGUUUGCUCAACGAUAUGGAAUGAGUGGGCGUACAACCUACCAUUUUUAUAAAUAACAAUAGCAGUACUGGCACGCUCAGCGACGAUCGGUUAUAUUAAUUUCAACUCUAGCACUUGAAUUUGAAAAACUGAUUAAAAACCACCACCAAAAUCGCCAACAACAUUACAGGUGCAAUGCUAGCUAGCAACUGAACAACGGUCGACCAAACACAAUAGAGCAACAGAGCAGACGCAGGUAGCGCCCCGCUUCGAAUCGAAUCGCCCCGCUGCGCAAACGCUCUCCGAGAAGCGGAAGAUGGGACGACGGUUGCUAUUUACGGGCUUCAAUGCAUUUGGUCAGCACAAUGCGAGCAGUACGGAACGCACUUCCGGUCGAGUCAAUGCCCUAACCGAAAUCAGUCUGUCGGAUGAUAGCGACGGGAAAAUAAUACUUGCUCUGAGCUGGCGUUACACGGCUUAUGCUGUGGGCAAGAAACUGUGGCUGCAAGGACUGCUAGCCAGCAAGCCAGCGGAAAGGUUGGAAGUGCAUGCAUCUGAAGAGAUAAAAGCCUUGGCUGCUUGCGAUGCCCAUUGCUUGGUGUUGCUGCAGAGUGGCCAGUUAUAUAAGCUGCGAGCGGAGUUGAAUGCCACACUGCAGGCCGUAAAAUUAGAAGCACCUUCUGCAAAGCGAAACAUAUUUGGCCAGGCCAAGGAAGCCGAGGAUAUCUCCAUCACCCACAUUGCCUGUGGCUCGCACAUCAAUGUGGCCAUCACUGCGGGGAAUGCUGUGUAUAGCAUACCCAGUUGCCUGCAUCGCUUUCCGCAGGGCUCGUGGCGAGUGCGGCAGUUGGAGUGCGGACACGAGCACGCGCUGCUACUGAACGGCAACGGCGAUGUCUACAGUUGGGGCAACGGACUACGUGGGCAACUGGGUCACGAGAGUUUGGGUGUGGAAGAGCGUCCGCUUUUACUCGAGCCACUGGCGGGCAUUAAGAUAACACACAUUGCGGCCGGUGGCUGGCAUAGUGCAGCUAUUUCAGCCUUUGGCGAUCUCUAUGUGUGGGGCUGGAAUUGUAAUGGACAGCUGGGCAUGCGCGUCAUGAAGCCAGAUGGCCUGCUUAAGGAGCCCACGGUUUAUCCCUUGCCCCAACUACAGGAUUUGCCAGCAUGCUGUGCAGCUGUUGAGGCAGAGACUGAUGUGUGUACUCCCAUAAAGGCUUACGCAGGAUCACGGCACACGCUUAUCCAGCGCAGCUGUGGUCGACUGUGGGCUUGUGGCUGGUGUGCACACGGUCAACUUGGUCAGCAGCCGCCCAAAUUGGCCUAUUUGGAUAGUUUUAAUGCUAUGCAGCAGCUGCCUAAAGACUGCGAUUAUAAUGUAGUGUGUGGUCCUUGGUCCACUUUGAUUGCUUUGUCUGAGUAAAUUCAGAAUAUAUUUUGAUAUUUUAUAUA